GCCACCUCUAGAUUCAGUCCUUUCCGAGAGUUGCUUCAGAAAAGUUCGAAAAAAAUGACGAACUUUGUGUUGUUCUUUGUAUUACUGGUGUCCACUUUCUGCGGGGUCCGAAGUUUGGAGUGCUAUAGUUGCGAUUCCGAUCUGAUGGAUGCCGAUUGCGACAGUAUCAAUACUCUGCAGAAGCGGGCCUGCCCGGAAGUGUCCGAUUCUAGCUUGGUGUCGCUAACCUGCGGUUAUAAGCGUGUUCAAGUUGGCAACCUGACGGACCGAAUCUUCCGUGGAUGCAUGGUCGCUGGCGAGUGCUACCUGCUCAACCGACAAGCCGAGCUGACUUCGAAGUAUCGCAUGGUGUCCUGCGUGGAAUGCAACUCGGAUCACUGUAAUACGAUGAGAAGCGGUGCUGGUCGACAGACAGCUGGAAGUAUUCUGCUGCUACUUUUAGUGGCUAUUUUUAAGAGUUUUGCAAUGUGAUCAAAGUAGACAUAGACCCGAAGUAGACAACAAAGUAGUUUCUUAUGACA